AUGGCUUCACCCCAAACAAUACCCUACGUCACCCUCGACGUCUUCACAAAAUCCAUCUUCUCCGGCAAUCCUCUAGGAGUUGUUUUCCUACCAAACCCCACAGCCCUAGCCCAAACCCAGAAACAAGAAAUUGCUAAGGAGUUCAAUUACUCUGAAACCAUAUUUGUGCACCCUGUUGACCCUCAAACACCUACGCAGCAGAGAAUUGAUAUUUUCACUACUGAUAGAGAAUUGCCCUUCGCGGGCCACCCGACUAUCGGUGCUGCGUCGUGGGCUCUGUACCUAUCCCCUGAUAAGGGUGAUGUUACCACACUCCUAACGAAAGCUGGACCGAUCCCGAUUUCUCUAAGACCUUCGGGAGAUGAAGCUGCGGCGUUGAUUCCACAUGAUGUGAGGAUACAUCAGAAGAGAUUCCCCGUUCAGGAGUUGUUGAGACUGCAUCCUACCGUCAAGCCAUUUGUCGGUUCGACGGCAAGAGAGGAAGCAGGGUUCCCGAUUGUGUCGAUUGUGAAUGGCAUGACUCAAAUUCAUGUUGAGUUACCGAGUCUUGAGGCGUUGGCUGCCGUUGGUCCUGCGGCUGGGGGGGAGUCGGUGCCUGCUGUUGAUGUUUCUCAGGGCGGGUAUCUAGAUGAAGGCUGGGGAGGACACGGUCUCGUUGUUCUUUACUUUUAUGUCAGAGACGUUAUGGAUGAAGUCACCGGCAAAAAAGUCAUUAGGACGAGAAUGUUCCUACAAUCGGAAGAGGACCCGGCUACGGGUAGUGCGGCGAGCGGUUUAGCCGCGCUUCUUGUUUUGAGGGAUGGUGCUGGUGCUGAUGACCAGCUCCAUCGUAGCUUCUACGUUGUGCAGGGCGUGGAGAUGGGACGGAGAAGUGAUAUUGGUCUUCGCGUCAGUCUGAAGUCGAACCGGGAAGGGAUUGAGUCGGUUGAACUGAGUGGUAGCUCAGUCAAGGUUGCGAAGGGAGAAAUUAGGGUGUAUUGA